ACUGUGAUCACUUCAUAUCCCUUGUCCCUCCGUCACCUUGUCUUUCAAACCCCUCCCUCCCAGACAGAGGAGAGGGAGGUGGAGCGCGUGAGCGACACACAGGACGGAGGAGGGAGUGAAGAGCCACUGGCAUCAAGGUGAAGGAGAGUGAGUCGAUGAGAGGAGAUAAUAUUUGUUCGAGGUCAGCAACUGUGAGGAUUAUCCGAUUGAACAGUGGGAAAGAUUAUAUGUGAUUAAUAGAUAGCCUCCCGAGCCUCAGUCCUUAUCUCUGUUGGCCCUUCAUCAUGGUGGACCUGUUCAUCGAUCGGGUCCUGGUGAAGAACAACAAGGAACGUGAUGAGCUGGACACAGAGUGUGAGAUCGUCAUGGGCCUGCAGAACCGCAUCCUGAUGCUCUUCUUCGCCUCGGCUGCAUGUGAUGGCUGCCAGCAGUUUGCUCUCACGCUCAGCAACUUCUUCAAACGGUUGACCGAUGAAUUCUACGUGGAUCGCUCUGCUCAGCUGGUUCUCCUAUACAUCAGUUUGGACGAGUCUGAGGAGAAGCAAGAGAGCUUCCUCAAAGAGCUGCCCAAGAAGUGCCUGUUCCUGGCCUAUGAGGACCCCUACAGGAGGGAGCUGGAGGCCAUGUUUAAUGUGGAGGAGCUGCCCACAGUGGUGGUGCUGCGGCCUGACUGCUCCAUCCUCGCCAACAACGCAGUGGAGGAGAUCCUGUGCCUCGGCUCACACUGCUACCGCAACUGGCAGGAGGCGGCGGAGCUCAUCGACAGGAACUUCAUGAUCAGUGACGACUUCGAGGGGAAGUCCAUGCGCAGCUUUAGCGACCCUGUGAGGAGACUCAAAUACAAGGUGGAAGAUGAGAAGAAGAAAAAGAAGAAGAGGAAGAAGGGCAGAGGUCGGGGUGAAGGCGGAGAGGCGGAGGUGGAUGGAGAAGAGGAAGGAGGAGGAAGAGGAGGAGGGUCAUGGUGAUGGAGAAGAAGAUCAAGAGGGCGGGACUUUGGAAAAGUUGCCAUGAUUAUAAGCUUUGUUACUAUAACGUUCCUGGUGCUGCUAAUGUAACGCAACAAAACCCUCUUCACAAAGGAAAAUCAGACAUUCAUUAAAAAGUAGAUAACCUGAUGUUAAUUGUGAUUGGUCCUGACAGCUAACACACCUCACAUAUGAGUGGCUGUGGACACGCUGACUACCAAUAAAAAGUAAUGUACCACACUGAUGGAGCAAUAAAUGCUGCUACCUCA